CGGUGCUUGGCGUUGCCAAUUAUUCCUGUCGCAAGGAAGGGACGACUUCUUGAUCCACAAGUGCUUUCCCGGGCCUUCCCGGCUAACGUGGGACCGUGCAAGCCAUCAAGGGCUAGAUCACAAACGAUACGUCACUGCACAAACCCACCAACGACAACGACAACGGCAACCACCAGAUCAGUCUGAGAGAUGCAUAUGAGAGACCUCUUACACAUGGGCGGCAGCGACUCCGACUCGCAUUCCGUCGCGCAGUCCGAAACGCCGUCGGAAGCGGCCCAUCGCCAUGAGCUGCUAUCGAGAGUGCAGAGCGCCCUCGCCGGCAUCAUCGGCUUGGGCGCACUACCGUCCAUCAUCCCGCCCGGCAGAGAACACCACCACUGCAAAAAACGACCGGUCUUUAUCGCUUGGCAUCCCGUGGCGGACAACUUAGGCGUGUUAUUUGCCGAGCAUACGCGGCUUGGACAAGCUAUUACCAAGGAGAUGGGCGAGUUUCCGGAUCCGACGAAUCACUGGGCUGUGAUAGUGGGGGAUCAGGAUACGGAUUAUUAUCAUGAGUUGUGGAUGGAGAAAGACUUCACAGUGGUGAACCAGCACGGCUUAGUCGGUACCCAAAAGUGGACGAACAAGCUAAAAGUUGGCGAGACAGGGUGGAAUGAUCAAGCAGUAUUAGCAGCCAGCAACAAGGCAAUAAAAGAGAUGAAGCCAAGGUACGGCUUGAUCGAUAACAACUGCCAAAUCUUCGCCUCCCACCUCCUCCUCCAGCUAGGCAUCAAAAUGGGGACAGACAUCAAUACCGCCCAAGACAUGAGAGACAAGUUACUCGCAGAGUUCAGCAAGACAUCGACAUCAUGGCGAAAGAAAUUGACCAACAAGGACUGGCAGGCCCCGACAUUCCUGAAAGUGCAGGAGAUUCGGCGGAGUAUCAGCCCUGCCUUUGGGGGAAGUGUAGAACCACAACCAGAACCACAUGAGGAGGUUGUGAUGCAGGAACGACAAGCCAAAAUCCGACCUUUUAGUUGGGGAAGAAAGAAAGAAGUGGUAGCGCAACUUCCGACGCCUCCAUGAGUAUAUCCCUCAGCUACUUUGACGCUGACAG